AUGAUAGAAAAGAAUCUCGAUACCGGUGAUACUGCACGAGUAGAAAGAAGAGAUAAAACAGCAGGUGUUCCUCUACCCGCGCACUGGGACCCUCAGCCAACAGAUAGUGAUGGUAAAGAGCUUGACCUACACAUGGUCGUUCUAGACCCCGUGAAACAUAAGAAAGAAUACGACGACGUSAAGGGGGCCAUAGAAAAGACUACCAGCGUCAACAUUAGUAAGAUUGAACGAGUUCAAAACCCUGGACUUUACAGUACAUACGCUGUGAAGAAGCAAAAAAUGGAUGACCAAAAUCGCAGUAACGAAAAGAAGCUGUUCCACGGAACUGCUGCGGCGACUUGUCAACUGAUCAACCAUCAAGGGUUCAACAGGAGCUUUUGUGGGAAAAACG